GGCUGGAGCGCUCAGCCCUGGGCUUGUCUUGUUUAUCAUUUACUCCGCGUUCUAUUCGUGGUUCAGUGCAGCCUGACGUCACGGCAUGGGAGCGACGUCCCGCAGCUUCGAUUGGCCAGUAGCCCCCGUGACUUAGCCGGAAGGCGUGGCCUGUGUUUAAACCUGUCUGGCGCGGCACACAGACAGACAUGGCGGACACGGAGGUGAUGGCUGUCUGUGGGGAGAAGAAAGUGUCGGUCCCGCAGCCGCCCUCCAUCGAGGACUUCACCAUACUGAAACCCAUUAGCCGCGGGGCCUUCGGGAAGGUCUAUAUAGCCCGCAGGAAGAACACCAACAAGCUGUAUGCUGUCAAGGUGGUCAAGAAAGCAGACAUGAUUAACAAAAACAUGGUGCACCAGAUACAGGCUGAGAGAGAUGCCUUGGCUUUGAGCAAAAGUCCAUUUAUUGUUCAUCUAUACUAUUCACUUCAGUCAGCCAACAACAUCUACUUGGUAAUGGAAUACCUCAUUGGUGGAGAUGUGAAAUCUCUUCUCCAUAUUUAUGGGUACUUUGAUGAAGACAUGGCUGUUAAAUAUAUCUCUGAGGUUGCCCUGGCUCUUGAUUAUCUACACAGGCAUGGCAUUAUUCACAGGGAUCUGAAACCUGAUAAUAUGCUAAUCUCGAAUGAGGGGCACAUAAAAUUGACAGACUUUGGCCUCUCUAAAGUUACUCUAAAGCGAGAGCUAAACAUGAUGGAUAUUCUAACAACACCGUCAAUGGCCAAACCCAAACGUGAUUACUCACGGACUCCAGGGCAAGUGCUGUCCUUAAUAAGUUCUCUGGCAUUUUAUACACCAGUUCGAAAUAAAGUCCAAACGUCUAUCACCAUGACUCCAGUGUCUGCAGAAAGAACGCAAGAGAAGUAUUCAACACCCAUUUUAAUGAAAAGAAGAGAGAGUACAUUGAAAGGGAACAAACUUCUGGUAAAAUGUCCAGAUGUCCAUAUGUCCAGUCCCAGCAUGCCAGUCAAAUGUCUAACUCCCAACUUGCUCAACUGUAGGAAUCGUUUUGGUACAUCUAGCACGAGCAGUCAGUCUCGCAACUACUUAUCCAGCAUGGAGUCUGAUUGCUGCAGCAGUCCAAGGUGGGAAAAUGCUCCCCAGGAACCUGAUGCACCUCCUUAUUUGAGUUCUAGUCAUUUGAAUAACAGUCUGUCUGAUAAGUCAAGGGCCAAGUUUCAAGCAGGGAGAGUUGGUCAGAGCAAUAAACUCAAUGAGUUGGCAUGUGCCCUCUCUCCUAUUGUUAAUCACAGAGGGGCAAGUAAAGUGAAUAUUAAUGAGUCCAUCCUGGGCGAGACUCCUCUUGCUGUCAAUACAAAAGUUUUGAGCAGGAAAUGCCUUUACGAGAACACCCAGGACAAUAAGGAAAACCUAUCUAAAACUGAUGUGAGACCGUUUGAUAAUUUGUCAAACUCGAACUCUUCAGAAUCCCCUCCAUGGUUCAACAGCUCCACGGUAGAUACGCAGGCAUCUCUUGAAGAAAAUAAAAGUGAAAAAAAUGGAACCAAAAGGAGCUAUGGAUUGGUUGAAAGGAGUCCUGGUCAAGACAUUCUUAAAGACAAGAAACAUACCGCGGUGUAUCAACGUGCUUUUAAAAUACCAGAUAUUCAGACCAAUCGGAGUACUGGUUUAACUAUGGAAAUUGAGACAAUGUUCCUUUCUGAUACAAAGCAGUCUAAUCAAAAUUUAAUUGGUGAUACAAAAUUUAAUCAGGAAUAUGUUCCUGCACCUCUUUCUCCAGAGAAGUCAUGUACUGAAAAAGCAGUAGCUAAGAAUUUGUUGUGUGAGCUUGAUGGAAAAGAUAGUCCAAACUCCGAAUCAGACGAUACAAGCCAUCCAAAAGAACAUGUUCGAGAAGAUUCUGAUAUUUCCUAUACAAAUGAAUUGGUAACUGAAAACCGGAUAGAAAACUAUCUCUCUGUUGUAGAUAAAAGCAUGAGAGCACUUUCCUUUGAAGAGACGCAACGUGAGGAAACCACACCAGAAGACAGAGGUCUCGUGUUAUUGGAUGAAAAUAGAGACCAUAUAAACAACCAGUACAAAGAACCAACGAAAAAGGCAAAUGAUAUCUGGGCAUCUCCAGCUCCUGUCAAAAGUAAUCCUAAAAAGAAACCAGUGGUAGUUUUCCGAAGCUACAAUAGCACAGUCAAUAUUUCCAAUGUCUCAGAACCUUCGAAAAUCAGCAUUGGCUCAAUGGACAAAAUACAUUUUUCCUUGGGUUGUUCUGGCUCGUAUCCCUUGAUUGGAACUCCUGCCCAGCAAGACAGACCUUACAGGAAUUUACAGGGGAAUGUAUACACUCCAUACAGAACACCAAAAAGUGUGCGAAGGGGAGCAGCACAGAUAGAAACUGAGAAAAUCCUUGGAACUCCAGAUUACCUGGCACCUGAGCUGCUUCUGGGGAAAUAUCAUAAUCCUGCUGUAGACUGGUGGGCCCUUGGAGUUUGCCUGUUUGAGUUCUUAGCAGGCAUCCCCCCAUUUAAUGAUGAAACACCCGCCCAAGUCUUCCAAAAUAUUUUAAACAGAGAUAUUCCUUGGCCAGAAGAAGAAGAAACCCUUUCUCCCAAUGCUCAAAGUGCGAUAGAUAUUCUCCUGACUAUAGAUAACACAAAAAGGGCUGGAUUUAAAGAGCUUAAAGUCCACCCCUUCUUUCAUGACAUCGAAUGGGAUGAUAUACAGAACCUUCCUAUGCCUUUCAUACCGCAGCCAGAUGACGAGACCGACACGGCGUACUUUGAAGCCAGAAACAACGCUCAGCAUCUCAAAGUGUCCGGAUUCAGUCUGUAGUCCGAGCACCAUCACCUUUGCACAUUGUACUUUUCAAGUUUGAAAUGAACUUUUAAUCUUCAACAUUUGUAUAUAAGCUAUUUGCUAAACUGUACAAUGGGGUUUAUUCGCUAAAUAGGAAAUCUUUGGAAAAGUGAAAGUGGAAUUACAAAGUUUUGGCCAAAAUAGCUAGCGCUUUGGCUUAAAAUUUGCGACUUCUUUAUCAGGUUUACCAAAAUCCUUCAUUUUAGUAAACUAACCACAAAGUGUUUAGUAUUUUGUUUCUACUAAAUUUAAAAAAAAAAAUAAUAUAUAAUUACUCAAACUCAUGUAAAUAUAUUUCCUGUUUUUAGAGGACAUGUCCUAAAUCUAUGCACUUUAUUCCUUCAAGUACAUUUUAAGUUAUUUAAUCAACAUGUUCUAGCAGAAAUUACCAGCAAACGUAUACAUAAA